UCACAGGGAAUUUCAAAGUGCAAAAAUGAAAAAAAAGAAAUGCUCGAAAUGAAGAGCAAAGCAAAGCUGCAAAAAUCAAUCCAACUUCAAGAAAAAAAACUAUCGUCUGGUCGAAAAUUCGGCAAUCUUAUUCCUGGAAAAUUGUUUACCAGCUCCACGCGAUUAUCAUGACCAAAAGAAAUCGAGAUAAAUUUGUGUGGAUUAAGUACCAUCUAGUGACCACGAACUGGCUUGUGUGGCAGGCAAGCAAGUUAGAACAAUGCUAUACAUAUCUGUAGAAGUAAGGCAACAUAGUUGCAGUGGAAGAGGAGGAAUAGCCAGUUGUUAGAAUGCAGUUCUCAGGGAGGUUAAUUACCCUACUUAAUAACCUACAUAGCACCCUGCUACUUCAAAACCAAAAUAGCACCCUGCUACUUAAUAACCUACACACAUCAUUCUAAUAAGGCGAACAGAUUUUGCAAAUAGUUUAUACAAUGAGUCGUACCAAAAACAGACUUUGGAAUCAAAUGCUUACUACUCGUAGGAAACUUCUUGCAAGUGCAGGUUUGACCUCUUCAACCCUGUUAAAGAGUUGGCAAUGCAUGGCAAUUCAUGGCAAUGUUAUCUCAACCACCUGUCAGGUCGUCGACGUUUUAUUCUCACGUACUUAAGAUCAAUGCCGUAACGAAAACGACCCAGCGCAAGGGGCAUGAAGUUUAGAACAUAGCAGCUAACCAAUCUUAAUUACGCUGUAUACCACUUUCUGCAAAUGGAACCGUGAAAAUAUUCUGUCAAAAAUUUUAAUACUAACACGACUUCAGCUUUCGUUACUGUUCACAGUAGCCGUCAGGCUGCUAACAUUUAUUUAAGGAUUGUCGAGAGCACGACCUUCUGGCUGUUUCAUCAGUGACUUAAUUACUUUGAACAUUCUUAUGAUGACGAUUUUUAUUUUCUUCAAACAGAACGUCACCGUGAAAAUUUUUUUUCUAGAUACGGGUACUGAUAAUGAUGCUUGUGUUUAUAAACUCCUGGAGACAACAGUCUCGAUUGACCUUAACCUUAUUUUGUAACGACAUGCUAUAUGUGUUCUUAUUUAAUCUGAUAAAGAAUUUUGCAAAUUUGCAAGAAAACUUAUUCCGCAGAUAGAAUUGGCGAGCGAUUGUUUUAGUUUGGUUAAAUUGUUUAGGUUUGAUGGGUUGUUUCGUGCGAUAAAGUUUCUGUAUUGAAAAUGGUAUCUGAAGGGCGUACUAAUGUAAGUUCUCCACACAUGGAUGUGCGACGAGGUUUACCUGUACUAAGUUCUUCACACAUGGAUGUGCGACAUGGUUUACCUGUACUAAGUUCUCCACACAUGGAUGUGCGACGAGGUUUACCUGUACUAAGUUCUUCACACAUGGCUGUGCGACAUGGUUUACCUGUACUAAGUUCUCCACACACGGAUGUACGACAUUGUUUACCUGUACUAAGUUCUCCACACACGGAUGUGCGACGAGGUUUACCUGUACUAAGUUCUUCACACAUGGCUGUGCGACAUGGUCUACCUGUACUAAGUUCUCCACACAUGGAUGUGCGACGAGGUUUACCUGUACUAAGUUCUUCACACAUGGCUGUGCGACAUGGUUUACCUGUACUAAGUUCUCCACACACGGAUGUACGACAUUGUUUACCUGUACUAAGUUCUCCACACACGGAUGUGCGACGAGGUUUACCUGUACUAAGUUCUCCACACACGGAUGUACGACAUUGUUUACCUGUACUAAGUUCUCCACACACGGAUGUGCGACGAGGUUUACCUGUACUAAGUUCUUCACACAUGGCUGUGCGACAUGGUUUACCUGUAAGUUCUCCACACACGGAUGUACGACAUUGUUUACCUGUACUAAGUUCUCCACACACGGAUGUGCGACGAGGUUUACCUGUACUAAGUUCUUCACACAUGGCUGUGCGACAUGGUCUACCUGUACUAAGUUCUCCACACAUGGAUGUGCGACGAGGUUUACCUGUAGUAAGUUCUUCACACAUGGCUGUGCGACAUGGUUUACCUGUACUAAGUUCUCCACACACGGAUGUACGACAUUGUUUACCUGUACUAAGUUCUCCACACAUGGAUGUGCGACAUUGUUUACCUGUACUAAGUUCUCCACACAUGGAUGUACGACAUGGUUUACCUGUACUAAGUUCUCAUCCCGGCGUCACGAUUAUUUUUUUUUACGCAAACAUAUUCUGCAAAAUAACAAAAUGCUAGCCGCGACUGUUUUUGCUAUUUUGGGGUAACAACUAUUGUAAACUGUGUUUUCAUUUCAGCUCUAUUGCUAAGAGCGCUUCACUGGAUUUCCCACAUACUGUGUACCUGUACUCAACCGACCUACCUUAAUGUUGGGCAUGGUUUACUUGCACUUAAGUGCACUUAUGCUCUCUAUGUUUUAUAGAAUACUGUUUCUUUAACAACUUUUUAAAAUACGG